CUUCUGUUAUUCAAUUAGUAGCAUUAAAAGCUCUUUAGAUGCUUCCCGCUCUAUUAUUAUGAUUGACCCGUCUUCGACGUUCAGCGCUUAAGGCUUCCAGAAGUGUCAUCCAGCUGCGGGGGGUGUUUUAUGUGAAAAGAUGGGGAUGUUCCGCCGAUCGGACCAAUGGCAUGAUUAGCUUUGCAGCUAGUUGUAUAAAGUCCAGGUCAAGUCAAUAUAAGCCAGCCUUGGAGAGCCGUUGCUGGGACUUGUGAAUACAGCUCCCCAUCAUGGCAUCCAACACUACAGUAGAUAUUUUCGAUAUCAUAAUUGUCGGCGGUGGUACAGCCGGUUCUCUUCUCACUUCCCGUCUCUCCACCAACCCCACUCUUCGAAUUCUGGUCCUGGAAGCAGGCUCGAAUCAUAACGAUGACCCCAACGUGCGAACGCCAGGUUAUUCCGGCAGACUGCUCGGAAAUCCUAACUUUGACUGGCAAUUUCAGAGUUCCCCUGAGGAAGGCCUCAAUGGAAGAGUAAUUCUGCAACCGAGAGGCAAGCUGUGGGGCGGAAGUAGUGCGAUCAACUCGCAUGCGCUUGUUUAUCCGUCGAGAGCAUAUCAUGAUGCUUGGGACUCGUUACUAAGUAGGAAAGACGAGAAGUGUGUGAGAUGGGACUGGGAAGGGAUUGGGACGUAUUACAGGGCGUUUCGGAGGGUACAGCAGCCAAGUGAAGAGGUCAAGCGGGAGUUAAAGAUUGCAGAUGCUGGACUAGAGAAUGGAGAUAGGCAAGAGGCUACUAAAUCAGCGGGAAACGAGAGCAGAGGUUUCAUUCAAGCUUCCUUUCCUGCAGUGACGCAUCUAUUGUCGACAGCUUGGGUGGACACGAUUCAAGACAUGGGAUACUGCAGUUUGGAAAAUCCGGCUGAUGGAAAUGUCAUUGGAGGCUCGAUAACCACGAAUGCUAUCGACACUGUCAAGGGUGAAAGAAGCCAUGCUGGGAUAGCUUUCCUGGAGCCGACUGUCGAGAGGGAGAACGUGGUCAUUUACAGCAAUGUGCUUGUCGAAAAGAUUCUGUUUAAUGACGAAACCCAGAAUGGAAAGCUCAUUGCAAAGGGUGUUCUCUACAACACGAGAGAAGGUAGUCCGGUGAUUGUCUACGCUCGAAGGGAGGUGAUUAUUUGUGCAGGAACGUUUGGGUCACCUCAGAUAUUGGAACUAUCUGGUAUUGGAUCUCGCAAGCACUUAGAGGCUGCAAGAAUUGAGUGUCUAUAUGAUCUUCCCGACGUGGGCGGUAAAGAGAACCUUCAGGACCACCUCAAUUUCGGUCCUUCAGUUGAAGUCUACGACAGCAUCGAGACGUCAGACACUACUGCCAGGAACCCUGGCUUGAUCAAGGCCGCAGAAGCGUUGUACCAUAAUACCCAAACUGGUCCUCUGAGCCAAGGGCCUUGCAGUUUCUCUUAUUUACCUCUACACGCACUCAGCCACAAAGAAGAGGAGGAUGAUCUGAAAGUUCUGGUUGAGAAGGCACUCCAGGAGACAUCGUCUACCACAACCAAAGGAAUGAACGCUCAGCAUAACAUCAUACGAAAGUUCAUCCUCGAUCCACAAGAAGCUACAGCGACAAGCUUUAUGACUCGCAACCAACGGUACACCCCACCAACCCAGCGAGCGCCAGGCAACUACAUGACUCUCCUUGCUAUGCUCUCCUACCCAUUCUCUCGUGGUUCCUCUCACAUCCAGUCCGCAGACGCCAAAAAUCGUCCUGAGAUCAAGUUCAACUACCUGCAACAUCCACUGGACGUCGAGAUCCUUUCUCGACAUAUGAUCCAGAUAGGCCGAAUGCUUAAAGAGCCCCACUUGGCUGAGCAUUUGAAGCCUGAGGGCAACACACUGCCUAGUGGAUAUACCCGUUACCCGAACUAUGUAAACGAGGUUGAGGGUCAUCUGCGGCAGUUUGGAGCAACGAACUAUCAUCCUGCCGGCACAUGUGCGAUGAUGGAUGAGGAGCUGGGUGGAGUUGUGGAUGCCGAGUUGAAAGUAUACGGAACAGCGAAUGUGAGGGUCUGUGAUGCCAGCAUCAUCCCAAUCAUCCCUAGAGGCAAUAUCUUGAGCACGGUUUACGCUAUUGCGGGGAAGGGCGCCGAUAUUUUGCGAGAAGCUUUGAAGCGUGAAUGAUGCACUGCCGUUCUUAUCACUAGAGGUCAAUGUUUCAUGCAUUUUUGAAUAAACUUCCAAAUGAAUUUCUCACGAAUCAAAACUUUGACUA